AUGUUGUCACUCAAGCUGUUGCUCUGCGUAUUAAUUUACUUCCUCGGCUUAUCCCAUCAGUCUCAAAUUCCACCGAGGGACUAUGAAAAUAAGAACUACUUUUUAGUGGAAUUAAAUACAACUCAGUCACAGAGACCCUUGCUUGAUUUUAUACUGAAAUAUGGAGACCACUACAAUUUUGAGCAUCAAUUGCCUUCCUUGGAUAACUACUACGUGUUCAGUAUAGACAAGCUGCAUCCUCAUAAUAAAUUUUUAGGAAAUCACAAUUCCAACAACUACAACCACAUCAAAAGAUCUAUCGGAUUUGAAGAUAUUCAUGAUAAUUUAGUAAAUGAUGUAUCAUCAUUGCAUUUAUUGCCUGCAAAGAAGUUAUCCAAAAGACUACCUGUUCCCAUGGAAGCAAGGGAUGAUCCAUCACAAGACCAGUCCCCUUCGGACAAGGCGCAUCAAAAGUAUGCCCAAAUAGCGUCAAAAUUGGGUAUUCAUGAUCCUGAAUUUGCAUCACAAUGGCAUUUAUUUAAUUUGCAAUAUCCGGGCCAUGAUGUUAAUGCCACUGGUCUUUGGCUAGAGGAUGUGCUUGGUCAAGGAAUUGUUACUGCUAUUGUUGAUGAUGGAUUAGAUGCAGAAAGUGAAGAUUUGAAAGCAAAUUUCAACGCAAAAGGAUCGUGGGAUUUUAACAAUAAUGGGCCACUUCCUUUACCACGAUUGUAUGACGAUUAUCAUGGAACAAGGUGUGCAGGUGAGAUUGCAGCUGUGAAAAAUGACGUAUGUGGAAUCGGAGUUGCAUACAAAUCUCAAGUCAGUGGUGUAAGGAUUUUAUCUGGUCCAAUUACCUCCGCUGACGAAGCAUCGGCAUUGGUUUAUGGAUUGGACACGAACGAUAUUUAUUCAUGUUCGUGGGGUCCUACAGAUAAUGGUAGAACGUUGAGCGAGCCAGAAAUCAUUGUGAAAAAGGCAAUGUUGAGGGGUAUUCAAGAAGGUAGAGAUGGUAAGGGUGCAAUUUAUGUAUUUGCAUCUGGAAAUGGUGGAAGAUUUUCCGAUUCAUGUAAUUUUGAUGGAUAUACCAACUCCAUUUAUUCCAUUACCGUUGGUGCUAUUGAUCAUAAAGGAUUGCAUCCGUCAUAUUCGGAAGCUUGUUCUGCAGUUAUGGUGGUUACAUAUUCGUCUGGGUCAGGAGAAUAUAUCCAUACUACUGACAUCAAAAAGAAGUGUAGUGCACAGCAUGGAGGAACAUCCGCCGCAGCACCAUUAGCCAGUGGAAUUUUUUCUUUGGUACUUGGUGUCAAUCCAAACUUAACCUGGAGAGAUUUACAAUAUAUCAAUGUAUUGAGUGCUACUCCAGUUAACGAAGAAGAUGGGAACUAUCAAACUACUGCAUUGAACAGGAAAUAUUCUCAUAUAUAUGGAUAUGGUAAAAUAGAUGCAUACAAGAUGGUUGAGUUUGCCAAAACGUGGAAAAAUGUUAAGCCACAAUCAUGGCAUUAUUGUGAUAAAAUCGAAGUUAAUCAAGAGCUUUCUUUAAAUCAGCCACAACAACAGCAGCAACAGAAGAGGGAUGAUAAAAUUAUUUCCUCCAAGGUUACUAUUACCGAGGAGGACCUCAAGGUGAUGAACUUUGAAAAGAUUGAGCAUGUAACUGUUAAAGUUAACAUUGAUUCAUCGUUUAGAGGCAGAACUGGUAUCAGAUUGGUCUCGCCUAGUGGGGUUGUUAGUGAUUUGGCUAGAUUUAGACCUCUCGAUUCAAGUUCAAGAGGCUUUCAAGAUUGGACUUUCACUAGUAUUGCCCAUUGGGGUGAGGAUGGGUUAGGUGAAUGGACACUUGAAGUAUUUGGAGAUUCUCGUCCCGUUAAGAUGAAGCUUGUUAAUUGGCAACUUCGAUUCUUUGGUACGACUAUUGAUGCAUCAAGGGCCGAAACUUUUGAUAUUGAAAAAGAUUACAGUCAGGUUAGAAGAGACAGACUUGAUUCGGAGAGGAAGCAUACAACAGCGACUACGGUGGAGUCAUCAACUACUGAAGUAUCAUCGUCAACUGUUGAGGAGUUGUCUUCCAGUACCCAGGUAGAAUCGUCAACAACUACUGCGGCCGCCUCAUCUACUGCAGCUGAACCUCCAACAGAUUCACACAUAACUCAAUCUCUAAAGGAGUCUUCAUCUUCAUCAACUCCUGCAUCCGAAACUUCAGAACCAGAAGAUGGUGAGCGUGUUUACAAAAAAGACCAUACAGGACAAUAUUUAAUGGGAUUAGCUGGUCUUGGAUUCGUUGUUGUGGUAGUUAUAAUUGUGGUUCAAAGUAGGUCUCACAAUACUCGUCGUCGUAGAAGAAGAACGGGUGAGAAUUACGAAUUAAUUGAAUAUGAUUCUGAUGAUGAUUCUGAUAAUGAUUUUGAUGGUUAUAAUGAUGAUGCAGAGACGUCGUUGACCCGUGAAGACAGACAACAAGAUCAAGCUAGGGAUCGAUUAUUUGAGGAUUUCAACGCUGAAUCAUUACCUGAUUAUAAUUCUGAUAUGUUUAAAAUUGGUGAAGAUGAUGGAGAAGGUAGAGGUGAUGGUGAGCACAAGCCAACUGAAAGUAAAGGAAAGGGACAAAACAGUGGUGGUAAGAGUUGA